UGAGUUUUCUAUGUCCAUACUGAAUGUAUCAGUUUCUGACACUGGAUGAGUGGGAGAGGACUCAAAUGAGGUUCUAAAAGAUGACUGAUGCUGGUUUCUGUGAUGCUACUGGGUGUCUCUGGCACCAUGGACUGAUACGUAACACACAAAUCUAACUGUGCCACCUGGGGAGGAAGCAUCAGGAGUCUACUUCAUUUUGGCUCCUUAAGUGGACAAAGGCGCAGUCUCAUUUGUCUCCAAGGGAAAACCCUUCAACAGAUUUUUACAGCUAGUAAUAAAUACAACAUAACAUCAUCCGCCUUCCCGAUUUACAGCGCAUCACCUUCCAAGACAGAUGGUCUGUCAGAAGCAGGAGGAUGCCUGCAGAGCACAUAAGAAUGAAGUAAUGAAUUAAUGCUGCUGUUGCCUAAUAGUCAGGAUCACAGCUGAUAGAGCUGUGCUGCCCUUUUUCUGGUCCCUUAAUCAGGCCAGGAACUGCAGGGUGGACAUGGCUGGCUUCGUUAACAACCUGCUAAUACUGAUUUUUGUUCUUCAAAACAUCUGUUUGGGUUUUAGAAGCCCACUUUCUGUCUUCAAAAGGUAUAAAGAUGCUACCAGAUCUCUUUCCAUUGAAUGCUUUGGGAGCACCAGGCCAGUUAUUUCAUUUGGGCUGUCAGAUUUUGCUUUGGACAUUCGUAUGCCUGGAGUGACACCCAAGCAGUCUGAUACCUACCUCUGCAUGUCAGUACCCCUGCCAGUAGAUGAUGAAGCCUAUGUAGUUGACUUUAAACCUCACGCUAGCAUGGACACUGUCCAUCACAUGUUGCUCUUUGGAUGUAAUGAACCCUCUUCUAAUGAAAAUUACUGGGACUGUGAUGAAGGAAUCUGCAAAGACAAAUCAAAUAUUUUGUAUGCCUGGGCAAGAAAUGCUCCACCUACCAGGCUACCCAAAGGUGUUGGAUUCAGGGUUGGAGGAGAAACAGGGAGCAAAUUUUUUGUACUGCAGGUACACUAUGGUGAUAUCAGUGCAUUUAGAGAUAAACACAAGGACUGCUCUGGUGUAACUUUGCAUCUGACUCAUCAAAAGCAGCCUUUGAUUGCUGGAAUGUAUCUAAUGAUGUCUGUGAACACUGUAAUACCACCUGGAGAGAAAGUGGUUGAUGCAGAUAUUGCUUGCCAUUACAAAAGAUUUCCAAUGCACCUUUUUGCCUACAGAGUUCAUACGCACAGACUAGGUAAAGUAGUGAGUGGAUACAGAGUGAGAAAUGGUCAGUGGACAUUAAUUGGUAGACAGAGUCCACAAGUACCACAGGCAUUCUAUCCAGUGGAACAUCCUGUUGAUGUUAGCUAUGAUGAUAUUCUUGCAGCUAGAUGCGUGUUCAGUGGUGAAGGCAGAACUACAGAGACACAUAUAGGGGGAACAGCCAAUGAUGAAAUGUGUAAUUUUUACAUUAUGUAUUACAUGGAAGCCAAGCAUGCUGUCUCGUAUACAACGUGCACACAGAAUGCAAACCCCGAGAUGUUCAGAAACAUACCACAGGAAGCAAAUAUUCCUAUUCCAGUCAAGCCUGAUAUGCUAAAGAUGGCACAUGGGCAUCAAGAAGAAACCAAGGAUACUGAUAAAAGUUCUUUGCAGCUGUCAAAAGGAGAAGAGGAAGAGAUUUUGGAUCAGAGUGAUUUCUAUUCUCUGCUUUCCAAGCUGCUAGGAGAAAGGGAAGAUGUUGUUCACGUGCAUAAACAAAACCCUACAGAAAAGGCAGAAUCAGAUCUUGUAGCUGAGAUUGCUAAUGUAGUCCAAAAGAAGGACCUUGCCAGAGAGAUCACAAAUCAUGAGAGGGACAGUACUGUUCUUGUCAGAGACAGAAUUCACAAAUUUCACAGACUAGAGUCUACCUUGAGGCCACCAGAAAACAAACAGUUUCCUUUACAACAGCCUAAGCAUGCUGAGGGAAGCUGGGAAAAAGAAAAUACAGGAGAUUUCCACAUAGAAGAGGCUACGGAGUGGCCAGGGUUAGACCUCAAACUAGGCCAAGUUUCUGGUUUGGCUCUGGACCCUGAGAACAACCUAGUUAUCUUCCACAGAGGUGAUCAUGUUUGGGAUGAAAAUUCUUUCGACAGCAAAUUUGUUUAUCAACAAAGAGGACUUGGACCGAUCGAGCAAAACACAAUUCUUGUUCUGAAUCCAAGUAACGCAAAGCUGCUGCGUUCCACAGGCAGAAAUCUAUUUUAUCUACCUCAUGGCUUGAGUGUAGAUAAAGAUGGUAACUACUGGGUCACUGAUGUAGCUCUCCAUCAGGUUUUCAAACUGGGUGUGGAUGCAAAAGAACCGUUGCUGAUCCUUGGAGUAGCUCUGCAGCCAGGCAGUGACAGCAGUCAUUUCUGCCAACCAACCGAUGUGGCUGUGGAUCCGGUCACUGGCAGCAUUUAUGUGUCUGAUGGCUACUGCAACAGCCGCGUCAUUCAGUUCUCUCCAAAUGGAUUGUACAUCAUGCAGUGGGGAGAAGAGACUUCAGGCAAAGCCGGACCUGGACAGUUUCACAUCCCUCACAGCUUAGCUCUGAUCCCUGAAUUGAGUCAGCUUUGUGUUGCAGACAGGGAAAAUGGUCGAAUUCAGUGCUUCAGGUUAGAAACUGGGGAGUUUGUAAGAGAGAUAAAGCACAAAUCAUUUGGAAGAGAGUUGUUUGCUGUUUCAUAUUCUCCAGGUGGUCUGCUCUUUGCAGUUAAUGGAAUGCCUUAUCCUGGAGAGUCAGAACCAGUGCAAGGAUUUGUGAUGAACUUCUCUACUGGAGAGAUAAUUGAUAGUUUCAUUCCACUUAGAAAGAGCUUUGAGAUGCCACAUGAUAUUGUUGCUUCAGAAGAUAAAACAGUAUUUGUUGGAGAUGUUCAUGCCAGAACAGUGUGGAAGUUUGCAUCCACAGAAAAAAUGGAACAUCGGUCAGUUAAAAAGGCUGGUAUUGAGGUGCAGGAAAUAAAAGCAUCAGAAACAAUUGUAGAAGCCAGAUUGAAAAAUAACCCAGAAUCAACAGACCCUCUAAAGAAGCAGGAAAAACAGCAUUUGGUUCGACAAGCGAGCACUGGAGUUUCCUUUGUUCUUAUUACAACUCUUCUAAUUAUCCCUGUUGUUGUCCUGCUGGCAAUUUUAAUAUUUAUUCGUUGGAGGAAGACAGUCUAUGGAGCUGAUGGGGAGCACAAACUUGACUCAAAUUCAGGCCGAAUUUUAGGCAGACUUAGAGGAAAAGGUGGUGGUGGCCUCAACCUUGGGAACUUCUUUGCAAGUCACAAAGGCUACAGCCGAAAAGGGUUUGACCGUCUCAGCACCGAAGGAAGUGAUCAAGAAAAAGAUGAAGAUGAUGGCACAGACUCAGAAGAAGAAUACUCGGCACCUGCACCCCCACAAGCACUUUCUUCCUCCUGAAAACAGCCUUUGCGUUCUCCAUUAUAUGAUUCAACCCAGAAUGUCAGAUUCCUUUUCCCUUAAGCACGUUUAAGGUUUUGUGUAUUUAAUUGUAAACUGUACUAGUCUGUGUGGGGCUGUACACUGGUUUCUUUAAUUUUUGUUUGGUUUUUGUUCUCUUUUCAAGUGGAGGAGUGUAUGGAAGUUCCAUAUCAGUGCCGUUGUUUUUUAUGUGACCAUCUUAAUAAAGCAUAAAGUCUUCUGAUUGCAGCACUGAUUUAAAGCAGUAGUAUUUUCUCAUAAAAAUUGGGGAUCUUUUCUGUAUUUGUAAAUAAAUUGUAUUACCUGCUUCGAGAAAGUAUUUUUCCUAUAAAUAUUCAGUUGCCAAUUUCUUUUUUGUGCCUUUCCUCUUCCAUGUCCUUAACCUGUUGCAGUACAGAGAAAAUACAGUGCCACAAGAAAAUGAAGCUGCUAAAUCUUCUUCUAUUUUUUUAAAAUCACUAACAUUAUAUUGCAUUGAAGGAAAAAAAAAAGUAUCUAUUUAAUUGUUUUUUCUUCUUGACUUGAUGUGUUUCUGGGAUGUCUUAUUUUUAGAUGGUAUCACUAUUAGAACACUAUUUUCAGGAACUGAAUGUAAUUUGUGUAAUAAAGUGUUCGCAGAGCAUUA